UUGAUAUAUUAUGCUGUAAAUCAUAUUAUAUUUCAGUUAACUAUUAAAUGAUCAACAAUUUCCCUCUUACCUCAACAAAUCUGUACUUUUACUAUACUUUGAUUAAAAUAUCGAAGCUAUUAUUACUGCUCAAUAGGGACGUUUUUUUUUUUAGCAAAACCAGUUUUUGAGACGUUUUCUUUUCAGCUGAAUUAUCAAUUCUCUCCGUUUACAAGCUAUAGCAGUGGUAUAUGCUCUUAAAUUUUUCGCUAUAGAACGUCAAGGUAUUAGCAUGAAAGUACCGUUUAUCGUAAACUUUUUCUUAUUCUCUACGUUUUUAUAUAUUACAAACGCAUUCUCCUUCCGACAGAAACCUUUCCAAAUGCAAACUACUCACCAGCUUCGUUUAUUCGAGCUAUUAGCUGGCUCAAGGGAUUGCAAUAUUUUUUCAGAUAUUCUUAUGCAAUUUCCUGAGCUUGUAGAAAGGCUAAAGGAUACAAAUAACUAUACUACGAUUUUGGUACCCUCCGAUCUAGCGUUUCAAAAUAUGAAAGUGAAGCCAUGGAUGUUGGAUUCAGUGGAAGCCAAGUUUGAGAUGCCUACUGAACCUGUUCACAUUACUGAAGAUGAAGCUCAAGGAAAUUUACAUCACUUUAUGAAAUCCCAUCUUAUCUCAGUAAAUCCUUCGCUUGAUAACCGAGAAUAUAAGUCCUUAAGUGGAUCAACCAUAAAUGUUAUUAAACAAAAAGAUAUUCUUUACCUAAAUGAUUCUGUCCAAGUGCUUUCUAUUAAAAAAGCAAGCAAUGGAGAAAUGUGGAUUUUGAACAAUACUUUAUCUGCACCAAGUGUUCGAAAGCAAGUAUAAGAAGCUACCAAUGCUUCCUAGUCCAAGGUUGAGAAGCAUACCGUGUGCAAAAAAGGGAUCUGAAAGCCGCAUCCAUAAACCAAUUAGCACUGAUCCUGCAGCACUUGCAACAAUCAAGGAGACAACCCACAUAUUUAGACCGUAUACUGGUACAAUCAAUACAUCUUCAUCACCAUAAAUUUUACUUUUCUGAUAACGCUCAUAUACAGAUCGGCAUCCUGGAUGAGUGUCGAUUUUUGGAAGUACUACCUCUUUUCGCAUGACUUUUUCGCUCAAAGGAUUCCACCAAUGUUUACGACGUAACACAUAGUCAUACUCUGGACCAAAGGAAAUACCUUGAAGCAAAUAAAAGAUAGAUGGACGGUUGUCGCUGCUAAAAUGCUGAGCGUAUGCUGCAAUCGUCUGAUUAUCAUCAUCUUCAUUCAUGUUAAGAUACCAUUUGUUGUAAAGUUUGUGAUACAGACAGAUACGCACAGUACUUCUUGACGCAGGUGCGAAUCCCCCUUGUCUAUCUGAUAAAACUGAAUCUGGCUUUGUCGAAGCUACUGAUUCAGUAGGGGAUAUAUCAUCGUUUGGUGAUGCAACAGUCCUGCCUGUCAUGGGUUGUGGUGUUACAGGAGUCUGAACAUGAAAUUCUUGAGUAUAAACCUGCAAAUGCUGUCCCUUUACACCAUCGGGUCUUUGAAAAGCUUCGCCAUGUAAAUUAUGAGCGAGCUGAUUGUUGGAAUCGGGAGCGUUGUCUUCUGGUUGUUUCACUUCAUCAGAUUCACUAACACUUGGUUUCUCAGAUACGCGGGAAUCUUCCUUGAUUGACGAAUUUUUCAUCAAUGGCUUUUCCGACUGUUUUUCAGUUAAGCCAGGUAGAUCACCUUCGUUGGUCUGCAAAUUGAAGCCACUUUCAUUCUGAUCUUGUAGUUCGUCAUGAGUUUUUUGAUUCAUGUCGGUAUUACUAACAACCAAAUUCGACAUCCCAAAUACCUUAGGAACUUGCAGCCCACGUACCAAAAAAUUAUCCAAAAAGAAAAAAAGAAAAAAGAAAGGUUGUUCCUGCCUUUUUCUUGAAAUGAGGUUGGGAUUUGGCCGAUUGAAUUCUAUGGUAAACAGUAUAUAAACAAAACAAAAAGUGUAAACAAAUAAUCUUUGUUUAUGGAUGUGGAGUUUAAUUUCAGAUACCUUAUUUGCGUUCUUGUUUAUGGUUGUUUAUGUGUUCUUUUCUAAUUGUUUUAUGACUCUUAUGAUUCUUAUGAAUGAUGUUUAAUCUUCAUUGGUAUGUUAGCUAGUAUUUAUUAUUUCUAUGUUUCUCUUCCCUCCUAGGUCGUUAAGAACUCUCAAGCCUCUAUUCUGACACGCAUGUUUUCAAAUUACGCGACGGAAUCCUAUAUGUAUUAGUCGUCCAAGAUUUGGACAAUGAUCAUUUUUUAUCCUCUAAUGUUA